ACCAGAGAGCAGUGACAAUGGCAAUAGCGUAGCCAUUGAUUGAAUCAAAGACACAGUGUAAGAAGAAAAUUCCAUCUCACGUCAACAUCACGAGGAAGAAGAAGAAGAAGAAGAAGAAGAAGAAGAGUGUUCUGCUCAAGAGAAAACAAAACACACACGAACGAACUGAAGAAAAAUCAAACACACACACGCCACCACAACCACAAUACCUAACGGUCAUACAUACCCAUUCGUUUGAUUCAAUCAAUCUCUCUCAUCAUUCCCAUUCUCAUUCUCUUCAAUUCAUCUUUUCCAAUCCAAUUUCACCUUCUUCGCUGUCAAUGAUGGGAUUGAUUUGAAUGAAUCGAGCUUCGUUAUUCCCAAUCGCUGCGUGAUUCUGAGAAUUUCGAGAUGAGCAUGCCGCGGCCGAGCCAGGUCACAGUCAGAGACCUCGCCGAGGAAGCCAAGAAACGGAUUGUCAUCCUCAUCGUCUGCGUCGUCGGACUCUCCUAUCUCAUGUCCUUGACAAGCUCCUCAGUUUGGGUCAACUUGCCAGCUGCUGCCUCCUUAAUUAUCGCUUUCCGUUAUUUAUCACUAGAUUUUGAAAUGAAGAGAAAAGCUGCAGCAUACAACAAUAAAGCAGGCUUCACCAGUGCUCAGUCUUCAAAGAUACCUAUUGAAAAUGCUAAAGCUGUUACGAAGUUUGACUGGAGAAAAAAAGUGAAUUCUCCUGUUGUUGAGGAUGCGAUUGAUCACUUCACCAGACAUCUGAUUUCUGAAUGGGUAACAGACCUUUGGUACUCUCGCUUAACACCAGACAAGGAGGGUCCUGAAGAGUUAGUGCAAAUAAUUAAUGGUGUUCUUGGGGAAAUUUCAGGGCGCAUGAGAAAUAUAAAUCUGAUUGAUUUUUUGAUAAGGGAUCUUAUUCAUCUCAUUUGCACCCACUUGGAGCUGUUUCGUGCUGCUCUCUCAAAGAUUGAAAAACAAGGCACAGGUUCAUUAACAUUUGAAAGUCGAGAUAUGGAACUAAAGGUUACCUUGGCUGCAGAGAACAAAUUGCAUCCCGCUUUAUUUUCUACUGAAGCUGAGCAUAAGGUUCUGCAGCAUCUGAUGAGUGGUCUCAUGUUUGUUACUUUCAAGUCUGAGGAUUUGCACUGUUCUUUCUUUCGAUAUGCCGUCAGGGAGCUUCUUGCAUGUGCUGUAAUACGACCUGUCUUAAACUUGGCCAAUCCAAGAUUUAUUAACGAAAGAAUUGAAUCUGUGGUAGUUAACAAGACUAAGGUUAACAAGGGGGUUUCUACAGCUCAAGAGGGAUCCCAUGCUAAAGUAGAUGAGUUACAGACUUCGUCUGACCAUUUUUCCAAGUGUUUAGAUCCUUCUGCUACUGGUGUCGAGCUUGUGCAGCUAAGAAAUGGUCAAUCCAAAAAUGCAGUGUCAUCUACAGAAAAUAAAUCUCGUGAUAAUAUUGCUAAAGAUCCAUUGCUUUCAAUUGAUGCUCGGUCUUCCCGCUCAUGGAACUCUUUGCCUGCAAACUCAGAACCUAAUGAUGACCAAGGUAUUCAACGAUAUCGCUCAGGAGGAGAGUGGGGAGAUAUUUUAGAUGUCAUUUCUCGCAGAAAGACCCAAGCUCUUGCUCCAGAACACUUUGAGAAUGUGUGGACAAAGGGGAAAAAUUACAAGAAAAAAGAUGGUGAAAACCAAUCAAAUGAGCAAGUCCCGCAGCAUCCUGCGAUAGGAAAAUCACUAAAGGUAGAUCAUAUGAAGUCGAUAUCUGGACCCAAAGAAAAAGAGACUAACUCCAAGUUUAAUCCUAAGGGCCACAUUAAUUCUGGAUACAACAGUCCAAUCACUGCUAAAAAUGCACCUUUUCAUGCAGACAAGAAUGGAUCAACUUGUUCUUCAGUGACGUCGUAUAAAGAUGAUGAGAACAACCACAUUUAUAUGCAAACAAGUGAAUCUGAGAGCAAUACUUCUUAUACUUCUGAAGAUGAUGAAACUAACACUGUCACCGGUCUUGAUUCUCCAGUAACUAAGGUUUGGGAUGGAAGAAGUAAUAGAAACCAGGCUGUUUCUUAUGUUCAUCACCCACUUGAAAAUGUUGAUAAUCAUGGUAGAAAGAAGAGGAAUAAGAGCCAUUCUCGCAAUCCAAGAUUAUCCAGAACCCAAUCUGGAAGUAAAAGGUCUCGGUUCGGUGGUAAUAAAUUACCUACGUGGCAAGAAGUUGAGAGAACAAGCUUUGUAUCUGGAGAUGGUCAAGACAUACUCAGCACUUCAAAAUCACAGGUGAAUUCUGAGGAGUCCAGUGAUGAUGCUGAUAUUGAAAGUUUGGGUAGAAUAUAUAGUGGAGCAGCUGCGUCUUCUUCUGCAUACUCUAUUUCUCAAUCAGAAUCUUCUAGUCUGGCUGUUAAUCCCCUGAAAAGUUCCUCUGCCGUAGAUUCCUUUUACAAGUUGAAAUGUGAGGUCUUGGGUGCAAAUAUUGUGAAGAGUGGCUCAAGAACUUUUGCUGUUUACUCCGUAUCUGUUACGGAUGUAAAUAACAACAGUUGGUCAAUUAAAAGGAGGUUUCGCCAUUUUGAGGAGCUACAUCGACGCUUGAAAGAGUUCGCUGAGUAUAAUCUUCAUCUUCCACCAAAACAUUUUCUGUCAACUGGUUUGGAUGUACCGGUCAUUCAAGAGCGUUGUGAAUUGCUUGAUAUAUAUUUGAAGAAACUUAUGCAGCUACCAACAAUUUCAGAAUCAAUUGAAGUGUGGGACUUUCUGAGUGUUGACUCUCAGACGUACAUAUUCUCAAGUUCUUUUUCUAUCAUGGAGACGUUAUCAGUUGGCCUGCAUGCUAAGCCAUCUGAGAAGACUAAAAGCAGUUCCCACUUAUCUUUACCUGGAAGUGACCCUUCUGCCUUUCGGAGAGAAAACUAUAGUCUGGAAAGUAAAGAGGCUGUUGUGCGAACAAGAAAUAAUGUUGUGACUGAUGGAUUGAAGCCAAAAGUAAAUAGCAUGCCUCUUUCGCUACCAAAAAGGAGUGGUUUGGAAUCUAGAAAGUCACCUGACAAUUCUGGCAGCAAUACAGAUUUUCUAGCAAGAAAGAAUGCACCUUCUCCCAAUAACUUGCACAAGACAGUGAGAGGAAGAGAUAGUUCGGAUGAGGUUGCUGAGGCGCACCAUGAUACUUCUGACUCUAUUCCUACGGAGUGGGUCCCACCAAAUUUGAGUGCACCCAUAUUGGAUCUGUUGGAUGUUAUCCUCCAGCUUCAAGAUGGUGGAUGGAUUAGGCGGAAGGCUUUUUGGGCUGCUAAACAAAUCUUACAACUAGGAAUGGGCGAUGCCUUUGAUGAUUGGUUGAUAGAGAAAGUUCAGCUUCUUCGUAAGGGAUCAGUGAUUGCUUCAGGGGUCAAGCGAGUUGAGCAAAUACUCUGGCCUGAUGGAAUAUUCUUAACAAAGCAUCCAAAUCGACGACCACCACCUUCUAGUCCAUCUCAGAACUCACCUCAUGGUCACCAACCUACACAAGUGUCUUCUCCGACGAUGAGCGAUGAGCAGAAACAGGAGGCAGAUCGGCGUGCCAAGUUUGUAUAUGAGCUAAUGAUUGAAAAUGCACCACCUGCAAUCGUAAGUCUUGUUGGUCGAAAGGAGUAUGAGCAAUGUGCUAGGGAUCUAUAUUUUUUUCUUCAGUCUUCUGUUUGCUUGAAGCAGCUGGCUUUUGACAUCCUGGAGCUGCUGCUGCUGGCAGCAUUUCCAGAACUUGAUGAUGUAUUUAAGCAGCUGCAUGAAGAAAAACAUAAAUUUGGCGAGCUCAAAACAGAGUAAAUAUCAUCAUCAUUUUCAGCUGAGGCACUAGAACAUUGGUGUGGAUGUUGUGUGUUCCUAGUUACACAUUUGUUUUGUGAUUGUUCCUGGUUGCCUGCCCAUUUGUCUCUGCAACAGGCUUCUGGCAUCUUUUUAAUUCUGCCUUCUAAUGAGUUGAAGGCAAUUCAAUUUUCCCCACCUACCAAGUCCAGUUUUGUAAUUAAGUUUUACAUCUUGAGGCUGCCAUUGUAAAUUUUGAGAUUAAUGCAAUUAUAUCAAGGUUAUUUA